AAACAUGUUAUCCAAGAGCAGAAAGAAAAGCAGAACACAAAUUUUCAAAGCUGAAAAAUACCAAGUAUUUCAGCAUGCUGCAAAAAGCCUUUACUCUCUAUAUCUACGCACAAAUGACUCUAUGCGCACUGGUGUGGUCGCAGUGCCCCACUCGCUGCAUCUGUCCGGCUGGUGAACCUCCGCCGUGCGCUGCUGGCGUGCGCCUCAUUUUGGAUGAUUGCGCCUGUUGUCUGGUGUGUGCCAGGCAGCGCGGCGAGCUGUGCUCAUACAAGAACCCCUGUGACACACGCAAAGGUCUCCGGUGCGAUUACGCCGGUGGUGCGCACAAGAGGACAGGUGUAUGUGUAGCCCACGAGGGAGCUGUUUGUCGAUUGGAUGGCACCGUCUAUCAAAAUGGAGAGACAUUCUUUCCGAGCUGCCAAUAUCAGUGCACCUGUAAGGAUGGUCAGAUUGGAUGCGUGCCUCGCUGUAACCUGGAUGUGAUGCUUCCAGGACCUGAUUGUCCCUUUCCAAAGAAGAUCCAGGUUCCGGGAGAGUGCUGUGAGAAAUGGGUGUGUGAUUCACAGGCAGAGAUCAGUGCACUCGGUGGCUUUGCAAUGGCCGCUUACAGGCAGGAAGAGACCGUGGGCUUUGACCAGUGGGACUCCAGUGUGAACUGUAUUGAGCAGACCACAGAAUGGAGUGCCUGCUCAAAAACCUGCGGCAUGGGAAUGUCCUCCAGAGUGACCAAUAAGAACCCACACUGUGAGAUGGUCAAGCAGAGCAGACUUUGUAUGGUCAGACCCUGUGAAAACCUGGACAAGCAGAGAGCCACAACGAAGGAAGGCAGGUGUCUAAAAACAAGGAGAAGCACUAAAGCCAGUCACUUCACCUUCAAGAACUGCACCAGCGUCCAGGCCUACAGGCCCCGCUUUUGUGGGCUGUGCAGUGAUGGCCGGUGUUGUACCCCUCACAGCACUAAGACCGCUCAGGUGGAGUUCCAGUGCCCUGAGGGCAAAGUCAUCAGAAGACCCAUGAUGUUCAUUAACACAUGUGCCUGUCAUCACCACUGCCCAAGAGACAACACCAUCUACCAGCCCUCAGCCAGCACCAUGUACAGCAGCCCCCAGCUUUGAGAGCAAGCUCCCCAAUAGAGAAAUGAAUGAAACGUGAAUUAAUCUGUGAAACCCAGAUUAUCGCACUUUUGCUUUUCGGGAAUGUGAGUACAUAGGUUUAUAAGAUUUCUAUGGUUGUUCAUCUUGCAGAGGGUCUUGGUACGAAUGGAAACCCUACAAGUUGACUUAAAGGUGUCACAUACAGUAGCCCCAAAAAGAAUAUCAUUGCAUUAGAUAACAAAAUAUCAAACUAAGUGGCUUUUUAUUUUUAUAGAAAGCAUGGUAGUACAAUAGAUUCACUGUUAGGGACAAUAGAAUACAUUUCGGGGCCACGGCAUUCAAUUCAGCACUGCUGAGUAUUUUCUUUUUGACUUGUGAAACUUGUUGACUUUCAGCAAAUCAACUGCACUGGAUGCUAUCUGGCUACUUUUAGACAAAGCUGGUCUCAGAUCAUAUGUUGAGAAAUUUUCCACCAAUGCCUCGUGAAUUCUUUUUCUGGAAGGCUUGUGUAAAGGUGACCUUUCCCAGGCCCUCAUGCUCUGAAGAGAGCAGCAUGUCUUGUUUGAUAGGUCAGUCACACAGUUCAGUGGAAUUCUCCACGCUAUUCCUUUAUUUCUGUCUUUCUUUACAUGUAUAUUUCUUCCUUCAAGAGAUUUGUUUCUAUAAGAUGUUGUUUUGUUCCUGAAAAUUAAAAUGUGUGUAUUUUUUUGUAGUUUACACUUGUGGAAUUAUUUUUGACUAAUGUAAAUAUGAAAUGUUUGUGUGUGUGUGUGUGUGUGUGUGUGUGUGUGUGUGUGUAUAAUGCACACUUAAAAUGUUUCUUACAACCUUU